AUAGAGGAACCUCAGCAAAAUGGGCAGACGCAGAACCAAUCAACAAAAUAUCUCUCUCCUCCGUUCUCUUCUCUCCUCUUCAACCCCCUCACAACUCAGAGCAAUCUCUCUCUCUCUCUCUCUCUCCAUCGCCAUCGUAUUGCAUCUCUUUGAAUCUCUCGCAACACCACCAACACCGUCUUCAAAUCUCAGUCUUGGGCGAUAGUAAUUUGUCCAUUUGGUUCUCAUCCCAUCUUGUGCUAAUUCCACCCGGGCCGAGAAAACUCCAUCUGGGUCUUCUUCCUUUUCACUUUCUUUGCUUGUUUGGACGUUCUGGACUGAUGGGUCUCGUCCGGAAGAGGCUGGGGAGUCUUGUUUCGUAUCGGAAACAUCCCGUGUCCCCAUGAAAUUCCUUGAUUGGAGUCUUUGAAUUAUGGGUAGAGGCAGAGGAAAGGGAAAGAGAUCAACUUCUAGCAGUCAUGAAGAUCUUGGAAGCGGUGAGGAAGAGAAAAUUCCAGCACAGAAGAGAAGGGGAAGGCCACAAAAGCUUUUCAAGGAUGAAAUUGAUGAGGAAGUUGUUAAAAAAGUAGAUGGCGAAGAUGGAGAGAAUGGAAAAGACGGUAUUGUAAGUAAGGAAACAACAAGUCCUGUUGCAACAGAGAAUGGGAAGAAGAGGAAACGGACUUCGCUGUCAAAAGAGAAAUCAGAUAUCACGAAAGAGGAAAAUGGCGUCGGAGCCAGAUCAAACACGGAAGACUCAACCAAGUCAAAUGGGUUUCGGCACAUUGGCAGCAGAAGGAAAAGCAAGCCUCGUCGGGCUGCUGAAGCAGGUGUCGAAUGCAAAUGAGCCUGCAUAUGGCGUUUGAUGCAUCCUCCUCUUUCCAACACCCGGUGAAAAAAUGAAAUGGGAAGUGAGGCCUUAAAUGAACUUUAUUUCAUGCUCUCUUUUUUUCCUCUGUUUUUCUCUUGUUGGUGAUUCCGCAUCUUUGAUCCUAUUUGAUUUUGGUAAGUGCUUUUGGAACUAUUUAUCCUGGACAUGCUAUUUCUGUUAAUGCCAUUUAACAUUUUUCCCAA